UAAUAAUUGUAUAAUAAAAAUUUUAAAAUGAGGCUUUUGUUGCUGUCGAUUGUUAUAUUAUCUUUCCUCAAAAUAUCUAACGCUUCUGAUAAAAAUCCAGCUAAAGAUCCAGAUAAGUCUCCAGAUAAAAAAAAUGUUGAUCCUUUACACCAUUCAACACUUCAUUUUAGAGAUGUUGAAAGGUUAUUCGCAACUGAAUCUACAGGUGAAGGUGAUCAAACUGGACCGGAACCUCCUGAAGAGGCUAUUGGUGAAACUGAAGAAGAGGAUUAUGAAGAAGGCGAAGAGAAUGAAGCACUUGUAAGGAGUUUGCUAGAAGAUGAUACAAAAACAGCUGAAAAAAUAAAAUCAGAUCAAAUGAAAGCUCUUGACUUGUCCGUACUAUUUGAACUCAACUCAAUUAUUGAGGAAGUAGAAUCGGAAACUGAUGGUGAACCUGAAGAAGAAAGUCAUGGAGAUACCGAUGAACCAGACUCAAAAAAAGAAGGGGAAGGAGCCGAGGAAAAAAAGAAACGCAAGAAAGACGAUGAUUCUGAUAGUGAUGGCGAGGAAGGGGGUAAAAAAAAGAGAUUUAAACCUAAAAGCACGACGGAUAGUGAUGGGAAACCUAAACCAGAAUCUAAGGGACCGCCAGUACCUAAACCUAGAACACCUAAAUCAGAUGGUGAUGGGAAACCUAAAACAGAUCCUAAGAAACCACCAGUACCUAAACCUAGAACACCUAAAUCAGAUGGUGAUGGGAAACCUAAAACAGAAACUAAGGGACCACCAGUACCUAAACCUAGAACACCUAAAUCAGAUGGUGAUGGGAAACCUAAACCAGAAACUAAGGGACCACCAGUACCUAAACCUAGAACACCUAAAUCCAAGACUGAACCAAAACCUGCUCAACAACCACAACCACAACCACAACCACAACCUGAGCAAGCACCUGUACCUGAACCCAAAAAACCAGAAGAUAAAGAUUCAAAGGGACCAGAGCCAAUGGACACUGAACCUCCUAAGGAACCAGAAGAUAAGGAUACUAAGGAACCAGAAGAUAAGGAUACUAAGGAAACAGAAGAUAAGGAUACUAAGGAACCAGAGCCAAUGGAUACUGAACCUUCAAAGGAACCAGAAAAACCGAAGGAACCUGAUGGAAAGGAUCCUGACGACCAUCCUGAAGAGGGAAAGAAACCCGAACCUGGAGAAGAUAAAAGUGAUGAUACUAAAGGUAAGGACUCCCCAAAGGAACAAGAAAAACCUAAAGAACCGGAACCGGUACCACAGCCUGAACCAACACCUGCACCACAACCAACUCCAGUACCACAGCCUGAACCAACACCUGCACCACAACCAACUCCAGUACCACAGCCUGACCCAACACCUGCACCUGAAAAGCCAGAAGAUAAGGAUACUAAAGAAGAUAAAAAGUCUGACGAAUCAAAGCCUAUGGACCAACAAGAUACUAAGGACCCAGGAAAACAAGAAGCUGAUCCACAACCUAAAGACGGUGAGAAAAAGGAUGAGACCCCAACUGACCAAGAGGAUUCUGGUAAGAAGGGGAAACAAGAAUCUGAUCCAGUAAAACCAAUGGAAACUGACCCAAAACCGGAGCCACAACCACAACCUGAAGAUCCUAAAGAUAAGGAUACUAAGGGACCAGAAACACCACAACCACAACCUGAAGAUCCUAAAGAUAAGGAUACUAAGGGACCAGAGCCAAUGGACACUGAACCUCCUAAGGAACCAGAAGAUAAAGAUUCAAAGGGACCAGAAACUCCACAACCACAACCUGAAAAGCCAGAAGAUAAGGAUACUAAGGGACCAGAAACUCCACAACCUGAAGAUCCUAAAGAUAAGGAUACUAAGGGACCAGAAACACCACAACCACAACCUGAAGAUCCUAAAGAUAAGGAUACUAAGGGACCAGAGCCAAUGGAUACUGAACCUCCAAAGGAACCAGAAGAUAAAGAUUCAAAGGGACCAGAAGAUAAAAAGGAUGAUACGAAACCACAACCUGAAGAUCCUAAAGAUAAGGAUACUAAGGGACCAGAAGAUAAAAAGGAUGAUACGAAACCACAACCUGAAGAUCCUAAAGAUAAAGAUUCAAAGGGAACAGAGCCAAUGGAUACUGAACCUCCUAAGGAACCAGAAGAUAAGGAUACUAAGGAACCAGAAGAUAAAGAUUCAAAGGGAACAGAGCCAAUGGAUACUGAAUCUCCAAAGGAACCAGAAAAACCGAAGGAACCUGAUGGAAAGGAUCCUGACGACCAUCCUGAAGAGGGAAAGAAACCCGAACCUGGAGAAGAUAAAAGUGAUCAGAAAAAGGAAGAUACAAAAGUAGGAACACCUGAGAAACCGAAACCAGAAGGUGAUGAUGGGCUGCCUGAAAAACCUUUGCCAAUAGAUCAGUCGACGCCGUAUGUUCCAAAACCUGAUAAAGGCGGUUUAUUUCAAUUAAAAACACCCAAAUUAGUCUUCUUAACCGAUGAUGAGAAUGAAGGACCUGAAGGACCUGAAGGACCUGAUCCUCUUAAAAAGAAAAGACCAUUCUUGCUUUACGAUAGGCCGGGGAAAACUCCAAGGAGACCAAAAAAGAGAAAGAUUAAGCACCUUUAUGAGGAUGAUGGAAGUGACGAUGACGAGGAUGAGGAUGAGGAUGAGGAUGAGGAUGAAGAAAAAGAAGGGGAUGAUGAUGAUGGAAGUUAUAAAACUACAGGAAAAGAUAAAAAAGAUGAUGAUGGAAGUGGAGGUUCAGGAUCGGGAUCUGGAACUACUACUACUUCUGGAUCAGGUGUGGUGGAAACUAAACAAAGCCAGGGUGAUGGUAGUGGUAGUGCCAGUGGAAGUGGUAGUGGUAGUGCCAGUGGAAGUGGUAGUGGAAGUGCCAGUGGAAGUGGUAGUGGAAGUGCCAGUGGAAGUGGUAGUGGAAGUGCCAGUGGAAGUGGAGAUAAACCAAAACCCGUAAGACGCCCUUUAGGACUACCGGGAUCGUCUCAAUCUAAACUACCAAUUAAAUCAUCAGGUCCAGGCAGAGGACCUCUUAAGACACCAGUAGCCACGGGACCUGGUAAGGGAGGUAUAGGUUCAACAUCUGGUAUAACGCCUGUAUCAUCGGGUCCAUUGGGUGACCCCUUUAAAACACCUGUAAGCAUGUUACCUCGUAAGGUAGGAUCAAAAAUCCCUGUGCCCAGUAAACCUAGUAAGAAACCCAGAUCGUCUUCAACUUCAAGUUCGGGUAAAGGAACUGGAGCAUCGGGAUCAACUAAAACAUCACCAAAAUCAGGAGACGAGUCAGAAUCGAAAAAAAAGAGAUCUGGAGGACCGACAACAGUUACUAUUCCACGUAGACCACCAUUUGUCGUACCAGGAGGAAGUAAAGAUAUAACCACAAGGGGGACGCCAAGAACUUCAGCACCAGUAACCCCGAAACCUGAGGAAACGCCAACACCUGGAAAGAGAAGGUCGGAGACUGGGACAAAGGGUGACCCGUCAAGAGGGGGUGACGGUGAUACAGGAUCUAGAAGAUCGGCAAGGUUAUUAACCAGAGGAAGGAGAAAUCCUUCACCCUCACCAACAAGAACAGGUAAACAAGGAAGGGCGGGGAGAAGGUAGAGUAGAGGAAUGAAAAUUUAUCGAAGGACGCAAAUUAAACAUGUUGAUUAUAAACCAGCCAUUGAAACUAAUGGUAACGAAUGCAGUUUAUAGAUUCCAAGAAAACAGUUAAAGAAUAUCGGUGUAUUUUAUCUCUUAAAACAUUGUUUUGGAGUUUAAAUUGAUAAUGUAAAAUUUAUUAGGAUGAAUUUAUUGUAACAAGAUAAA